UCAAUCAACUGAACGCAUUCUUCUUCGAUUGAAAUCGCCUUCAGGUAAGAGACGAUUCGUCAACCAACAAGCAGCACCACCAGUGACACUUCGUGAGCCCGUCGUUCAAUGGCGACAUCGCGUCCUCAGUCUCCGCCUUCGGAUUUUCCCGCCAAAACGACGAGGACGAAUCAGAAGGAGGAAGAUCGGAAGAAGGUGAGUUACAAGACGAAGGAGAUCAAGUAUCUGAAUCGGAAGAAGCUAAUCAUUCUCCAGAACGAGAACGGACCGUGUCCUCUGAUCGCCAUCUGUAACGUUCUGCUGUUGAGGAACCGGAUGGAUCUGUAUCCUGAUCGUUUUCAAGUUUCUCAAGAGAGAUUGCUAAACCUUGUGGCAAAUCUACUCUUUGAUAUCGAUGAUGAAGCAGAGAAGAUAAUUGAUGCCAUUAACCUCCUCCCACGCCUUGCUUAUGGCAUUAACGUCGAUAUCAAAUUCAGGAGUAUUAGUGACUUUGAGCGUACACCUGACUUAGCCAUAUUUGAUUUGCUUAAGAUUCCCUUGUACCACGGAUGGAUUUUUGAUCCUCAGGACUAUGAAACCGCUACUGCAAUUGGAUGCAAAUCUUAUAAUGAUCUGAUGACUGGCCUUGUUACUUUGGCCGAGACACAGACUGUAAUGGCUCCAAUCGGUCUAGAUUGUGGAGAAUGCUCUGUUGAUUUUAGUGCAGCUCUAGGGACUCCUUCACAGUGUUUCUCGAAGACAAGAUCUUUUGCUGACUCUACACCUACAUCUGCAGAGCAUGGUAGAUUGGCAAGGGGGGAUAUCGAAGAAGAAAUAGCGUUGCUGCAAGCCUUGCGAUUAUCUGAAAGGGAAAAUCUUGGUGUGGAAUUGGAUACUCGCAGAGACUCAAGCAGUGGAGGAAAGUCCGCGUCUGGAUACUCUGAUGUAUAUUGGAUGUCUGAGGAUGACUCACUGGUAAAUUCUGUGGGCACUGCAUCUGGUUCUACUAGCACCCCUGGAAGUGGUAAUACCUGUCCCAAGACCAGAUGUGAUGAUCAGUUUUCUUCUAAGGGAUCAGGAGAUGAGACAGACUGUGUUGUUGGGAAUAACAUUGAUGUGGGGGAAAAUAUAUGUUCGCCAGCAUCAAGUAAAAUGACCAGUGAAGCUCUUGACCAUGAUCAUGUGCCCCUGUAUGAAGAUGAUAAAGGUGUAACCAUAGUAGGUUCACCAGUUUGUAAAGGCGACUCAACUCCUGGACAAAUCUCUCCGGAAGGGAAGGAUACAAACAGGCUCACACCAGAAGAGGAGAGACAAGUCCAUACGUUUCCCGACAUUCUUAAGAAAAAUUUGCCAUGGUUGGAUCUUCAGGCUCUUUUCUUGCAUGAAGGCCUUAAAGAAGGUGAACUAUGUGUUUUCUUCCGCAACAAUCACUUCUACACCAUGCUGAAGAAUGACAGUGCACUCUAUAACCUGGUUACUGAUCAAGGCUACCUGACUGAGCGAGACCUCGUUUGGGAAAAUUUAAACCAGGUUAAUGGUGACUCUGAUUUCGUGACUGGUGACUUUAAGGUCUUCGAGUUUGACAGUGGCAACUGGGAUCAACAGGAUGCAGUUAGUAAUACUGCGGACUACAUCUACAGCAUCAACAGUUUGUCAAAAGAAGGCAUGGAAAUUGAUCCCGAUCUUAAAAUGGCGAUGGAGUUGCAGGAACAAGAGUUGGGUGGUGAAGACAAAGAUUUCGAGAGUAUAAGUGAUUUUAGACCUACAAAGUCCCCAUAA